CGCACGUGACUUGUCCUCUCUCAAAUAUGUCAUCGCUGGCAGAGAAGGCGACGAGCGAGGUCAGCUCUUUGGCUGACAAGGAUGUCGAUUCUACAGACACAGAGCUGAGGUAUAUGGCCUAUGGUGCCCGUCUCCGCACCGCUGUCAGGGCUACUCAUCGGUACAUUGCAUAUACCAGUGACGUUGGUGAAGCUUUUCGGCCCCUCGUCCCACCCACAGUCGUCAAGGCUGCAUAUGGUAUCUCCUGGCUAUACCUCUCUGCCGAUGUCUCUUAUGAGGCAUACAAGGCCCACAGACGUGGUCCAUCUCCAAGUGAGGUAGCACAUUUAUCUGAACCGACACGCAUUGGAUUAGUCGCUGUCAAACGUGCGCUGUUUCAGAGUAUCGCUAGCAUGGCCCUUCCCGCAUUUACCAUCCAUACGAUCGUCGCCCGCUCCAAACCCGUCUUUUCACGAUCCAAGCAUCCCCGCUUGCGCACGUGGGGCCCAACGGCCCUAGGACUGUCAGUCGUACCGAUCCUCCCCUAUCUAUUCGACAAACCCGUCGAGCACGCCAUCGAUCGUGCCUGGGAGUGGAUGGCGGCCCGUGCAUUUGCUAACAGGGUCGCAAAGAAAGAGGGAGCAAGACAAGAAGGGGACGAUGCUCGCGGAUAACUAAUUCUAGGCAGUCGACUUCCCAGCUUAUACUAUACCUCAUCUUGCCGCACUACUCCCCUGAUUUAAAGCACUAUCCACAGAAAGAUACCAUCACUG